AAAGUUUCGCCGGCAAAGUGUGCACUUUUUAUUAAAUAAUUAUUUUCCUUUCAUAAACAACUGCAGUUUUGUAGUCAGCAAACACUUUUUAAACUAUGGGAAGAUAUGUGGUAUUUGACUGUGAUGUGGGUAUCGACGACGCCUGGGGUCUGAUGAUGCUCAUCAAAGCUGAGGAAGCAUACAAAAGGCGUCCCGAUCUAGCGAAUUCCCCUAAAAAGUUUGAAAUAAUUGGCAUCACAUGCGUGCAAGGAAACACUGAUGUCGAUCAUGCGGUAAUAAAUACACUCAGAGUGUUGGACGCAGUUAAUAGAAAUGAUUUGCCAGUCUAUAAGGGUUGCAGUAGUCCGAUUCUACAAAGACAUUGGGAAAAUCCCGAAAUUUUUCAUGGGAAAGAUGGCUUUGGCGAUGUCCAGCAUGAAAAGCAAGUCAAUUUAGAUUUAGUAAGAGCGGAGCAUGCGGUAAAUGCGAUGUAUGAUUUUGUUUGCAAGUAUCCGAAAAUGGUCGACUUUAUAUUAGUGGGACCCCUGACAAAUUUUGCGAUGUGCAUCAAUAUGUAUGGCUCGAAAUUCGUAGAUAAUAUUGGAAACAUUUUCAUUAUGGGCGGCAACUACCAGGGCCAAGGCAACGUCACCAAGAGUGCCGAGUUUAAUUUUAUGAUGGAUCCAGAGGCGGCACACAUUGUUUUGAACAGCAUAAAUACCCCUUUGACGCUACUCCCGUGGGAAACCUGUAUCGAUGAACAUUUUGACAUUUCACUUGAUUGGCGCUUAAAUGUUCUUGGAUCUGUACAAAGUCCUUUCAUCGAGCUGCUGAAUGUUGUGGAACGUUCAGUUUUUAUACCGAAAGGUAUUGAAGGUUGGCUAGCUUCCGAUGCGGUGCUUGUUGCAGCCUACCUAUUCCCUCACUUGACAGUAAAAGUUCGUCGACUCUAUCAUGCAGCCGUCGAACUGACUGGCAACCACACCCGUGGUCAAAUGGUUAUCGAUCACUUGAAACAGGAAAAGGACAAUGCGCAUAUAAUUAUGGAAGUCAAUAGCGAGCAAUACAAACAAAUUAUUGCGUGGACUGCGGGUUUAGAAGGUGUGGAUAUGGAAUGUGAGCUAGGAAAAGAUAAAAGCAAUAUGGGAAAAUAUGUGGUAUACGAUUGCGAUGUUGGCACUGACGAUGCUUGGGGCCUUAUGAUGCUCAUCAAAGCUGAGGAAGCAUACAAAAGGCGCGUCGACCUAGCGAACUCCCCCUCAAGGUUUGAAAUCAUUGGCAUCACAUGCGUGCAAGGAAACACUGAGGUGGAUUAUGCAGUGAUAAAUACACUCAGAGUGCUAGAUGCAGCUAAUCGAAAUGAUAUACCAGUUUAUAAAGGUUGCAGUAACCUUGUCAAACCACGAGCUUGGGAGAAUCCUAAGUAUUUUGCUGGAAAAGAUGGAUUUGGUGAUGUGAAACAUGAAAAACCAGUUGAUCUGAAUUUAGUGCAACCGAUGCAUGCGGUAAAUGCAAUGUACGAUUUUGUUUGCAAGCAUCCGAAAGAAGUUGACUUCUUAUUAGUGGGGCCACUCACAAAUUUUGCCAUGUGCAUUAGUAUGUAUGGCUCAAAAUUUUUGGACAACGUUGGACAAAUUUUCAUUAUGGGCGGCAAUUAUCGAGGCAAAGGGAAUACUACCAAAAGUGCCGAGUUCAAUUUUAUGAUGGAUCCAGAAGCUGCGCAUAUUGUUUUAGCCAACGUAAAAACGCCCUUAACUAUUCUGCCAUGGGAAGCGUGCGACGAUGGAGCUGCUCGUGUUACUCUUGAUUGGCGUUUAAACGUUCUUGGCUCAGUGCAAACUCCUUUCAUCGAUCUACUGAAUCGCGUGGAGCGCGCCCUGCUCAUACCGAAAGGCACCAAACGUUGGUUGGUUUGUGAUGCAUUGGCCGUUGCUGCCUACCUCUUUCCCCAUUUGGUGGUGAAUGAGACGCAGCUACAUCACGCAACCAUUGAGCUGGCCGGUAUUCACACACGUGGCCAAAUGGUAAUAGAUCACUUGCAUCAGGAGAAGAAAAAUGCGAAUAUUAUUACAGUUGUAAACAUCGAUAACUAUCAGAAAAUUAUUGCAUGGACCGGUGGAGUGAGAGGAGUGCACAUGGAAUGUGAAUUGGGGAAAUCGCAAUAAACCAAAUUUGGUAUUCUGUUAUAA